UUCCCUCAGCCUCGUAGCCCCGUAGGCCAGCUUGCUCUCGCCCUCUGGGCUGUGGGCUGUGGCUGUGGCUGUGGCCGUGGCCGUGCCCAUGCCCAUGCAUCCACAGUGACACUAUAUAUAACACACCCCCCGCCUCUCUACAUCUCGGGCACCAGGCAACGACGACCGUCUAUACACGAGUUACUCUCACAAAAUUUUCGUUCUCUGAAUCUCAAGUUGAAGGAGAUGUCUGUGGUCAAGUUGGAGGUCACUAGAAACGGGGUUGAUUCUACAGGCACCGGUUUCGUUGUUCAUUAUCAUGGACGAACAUGCCUUGUUAUGACAGCUCGGCAUUGUGUCCAUAUUGUCCAUGGGAGAGUGGCAAUCACGGUUUUGCUCCCUCGACCUGGUCCUGGUGUGGGGGAAGUUCGGUUCCCUGGGGCUACUGUGCUACGAUCGGGCCCUGUCGACCUGGCAUUACUUCGACUGGAUAAUGUGGUCGGAGAGUUCCGACCUAUGAUAUUUGCGGAAGUACCUAAUGUUACUAGUUUUAGAGGGGUGGUAGUAUAUGUUCAUGGAUUUUACCCUCAUGCGGGGGGAACAGUUGUCCGACCUGGGAGAUUUCCUGGCCACAUUAAUGGUGUUUACCAACUGGGUGAUUUUACAUACCUUGACGGAGACUUCACAUCUGAGUCUGGAACGUCUGGUGGACCAGUUACCAUGGGAGAUAGAGUUAUUGGAGUAAAUGUGCAAAGUGUGGGAGGAUCGAGAUGCGCGGUUUCCCCUCUGACACUAUACAUGACAUUUAUGAAUUGGUGUGGUUUUAAUGGCGGAGACCAUACAAUUGCUGCGAUGAUACAACGCCUUGCUGCCUAAUCAGUUUUGCAAUGUCAAGCAUCAAGGUAUUU